CAUCAUGUGAAAAACAACAACAGCUACCCCCAUGAUUUUUUUUCUAUGAAGAUGCUCCUCUCCACAACAAUGUAAACAACGACUUCACCUUCUUCCGCUUCUAAGGCUAGCACCUACAAGCCAAACAAAAUGCAGUCGUUGAAGCUUUUGUCGCUUGCAGGUUUGGUCCCUUGGCCCGACCACCUUUGGUUCUACGACGCGUCGGAAGCCGUUGAACAGUUCAACGACUCCUGCUGCACCUUGAAUCAUGGUCACGAUGAUGCAACAACAUCAGGACGAGGACUCUCGAGGGCAAGAUCUUGUUCUUCAUCACGUGAGAGAACGUUGCCACAUCAACAGACUGCUGUAAGUGUAGGAACAAGAAACACCUCAAGCUUGUUGAUGCCACCAACUACCCCAAGAAGAAGAAGAAGUAGUCCUCCAGGAAGUAGUCCUCAAAGAUCCUCUCCCAUAAUAUUCGCUUCGGCAAUGCGGUACAUGUCUCUCCAGAACUGUUCCCGUUUUUUGUUAGAAGAAGACCUUGCUUCCAUGCAUAGUAGUUUGCAGUAUCUGAAGGAACGGCUCUACCAGUUUCGCCUAUUUGAUGAUUGGCACUUGCCACCUAGUAGUGGGGAUCGAGGUUUGGUAGGACCACAAGGAGGAGAAAGUACAACUAAGACUAACGAGACCACUUCUAUUGCAACUACCACAGUUGAACGAGUUGGUGAAAAUGCACAGCAAAGUAGCACUAGUGCCGAAAAUAAAAGCAGUCAUAACCUUGGAAGAAAAGACACCUUCUCCAUAGACGACCUGUAUCGCUCAGGACCUCAGAUGACAGUAGUGCCUGAAAAUUUCGACAGAUGGCGUUUUCGCGAUUUGUUCAACAAAAAUUUUUCAUCGCCAAACCUGCUUUUCAAUCUAGACUUGCGAAAUCAUCUAGUCCCGCUGAAAAAAUUGCAAAAAGAACUCCCAAUUUUUGCGCUGCCGCAGAUCCCGUUGGCGGGAAGUGGUGGCAGCAGUGGAGGUGGAGUAGUGGGAAGCAAUGAUGGGGAGGAAGGGGGGUCGAAGUACUGUUUUGUUUUUAGUGUUUGUCUGACUUUAAUAGAACCUUAUAGCAAUCCUCGAU